AUCAACUUUAUGUAACAUGAGGCCCAUAAUAUACAAUAAUAGCCAUUUAUUCUUUGACAAAACAAAAGCAAGAUAGUUAACAUCUUACAAAAAUGCUAUAUAAUUGGGCUUCCAUACUAGAGUGUACUUACCCAGACGAAGCCUAAUCUCUGUCCCACACCGUCUGGUAGACCCUUGAGACCCCUUGGCCUAAACUCCAAAUCCUCCUUGGGAGGAUGGUCAUAUUAAAGGAUAAGUGCUUUCUGACAGACUUUCUACUUUCGUUCUAUCUAAGUAUAGCUGUAUAGACCACAUCCUGAGGUCAGUCGGGUUGCUGGCAGAAGGAUUUGGAUUUCUAUCCUCUUCUAAGUGUCUUUGUAUUUGCUAGAAGACAACAGACUUCUUUAUAAAUAAUCUAACUUCCUUUAAGGGUGGAGUAAAAAGUAGUGUGGAUAACACAACUUCAUGGUCAUAAAUCUGCCUUUCUGUUUUCGGUUGUUAUGGAAACUACACAAGUACAGCAGACUCUAAGGUGUGUCCGGAAGAGAUAUUGAGAAAGAGUGUAGGCCAAGAACAUGCUUUGACCGGGUACAGGGCUUAACAUAUAUCUUCUAAGUAACAGAUUAGCUGAUGCAAUAGGACUCAGAUAUUUCAAUGUGAAGACUUGUAUGAAUGAUGAAGUACUUUUAUAACGAUACUGUAAUAUUUGAUAUAUUUUAAGAGACAUAUAAAUUGUAAAUAAAACAACACAGUGUCCUAUUCAAGGGACAGCCAUACAGAAUUAUGACAAAGAGGCAUGCUUUAUGACAAAGUUCAGAUGUAACACAAAAACCUUAGCUUUAAAGGUCUUUCCACUGCAUUGGUCAGAAAGUUAACAUCUAUACACAGCAAAACCUUUUGGCUUUGUUACAAGUGCUCAACAGGUGCCAAUUGUCUUAAAGAAACAACACAGUCACACAAACGUUUCUGUCUCAUGUUGGUAGCCUGUGCCAGCUGGUAUAGAACAUCACAGCCUGUGCUGGCACAUUUAACCAGCUUGGCAGAAGCGCCGUGGAGUGAUCCUGAUAAGAAUAACUUCCAGCAAGAAAGAGGUUUUACAUUUAUGUUGGCAUUUUUAUCCAACAAUGCACGCAUACCUAGAUUGGACCUGUAAUUUAUAGGCUGUCAUGCAGAGAUGCGGUUAAUCAUUACCCAGAGCGCACUGCUGUGGACAGGCUCAGAGUAAGAAUGUCCACACUGAGGUUUCUCAGGAAGCACUUGACGUAGAUUUUGAAAUCAGUGACACAUUGUGGCAACGAUGCUGUGGUUAAGAAAGUAAGUAAAAGGCAUUUGAACGUGAACUCCCUCGGGGCUGAAAACCACUUGCUACGGCACCUGUGCAGGGAUAUUACUACGUAUUAAAUUAAACGUCUAUUUUUCAUUUAAACAGAAUGAAGUACCUUCCUCACACAGUCAUUUGCACAGUCAAACCAAUGGCAUUACUCACUCUUAAAACAUCAGUUUGUUUUGUUUGGGGGGUUGUAGAUUAGAGUUAUCAUCCCCAUAAAGCUGGGUCUGGUUGUUGUUACAUCCUAAAAAAAGAACCCAUAACCGUGUUUGCCCAUAUUUGUCCCAAACUGGGUUAUUUUCAACCCAGUGCUUUUUAGUGUGUUGCAAUGAAGGCCUCAAACUUUCAUUCGAAGUCUAAAUUAUAUUAUGGGAUGUAGUUUGACUACAUCUGUAUAUCUGGGGCCAAAGACUUGCAAAACAGAAACAACUUACUUUGACCAUUAUUCAUUGCAUGAAUAUAUUUAAUUCUCUGUUAUUACUUUGUAUUAUAGCAUUAUUACUUAAGAUAAACAGGCCUGGUAAAUGAAUAACAGUUAAAGUAUUAUGUGAAAGUUAUUAUGCAGAGUGCACCAUUAAGGAUGAAGUAUGACCAUGGGCGCCGUAAAGGGGUGGAAGGUUAGGACGAUUCUAAGGGCCCAGGCUGAUUUAGGGCCCAGAAUAGCAGACCCCCUUUUUAUUUUCCUAUUUGUAGGGGGCCCAGAAAUUUUGGUUUCCAUAGGGCCCAGAAUUUCUGGCGGCACCCCUGAGUAUGACUACUGUUGAGCAAAAAUAGAAAAUCAAAAUGUAAACAAUAUUGAUUUUAUUAAACGACUACUUUUUGAAUUUGUGUGCGCUCCAAUAGGCCAAUGACGUCAAACAACGAGUCGUUUAAUGUGUGCAUGCUUCCUGUCGUAUGAAAGGUCGAAAUGAAGACAAAUCGUUGCAGGCCCUUGGUUAGUAAUGACAGACAAUAAGGGGAGAUCACUGCCUGCGAUGCCCGAGCCAAGGAGUCCGACCACCAUGAAGCAGCCCUCUGAUUCACCCGGUGGAUGCAAGGGACGGGGUGACGGCAGUACUGACCCCACCAUGCUUAUGGAUAAAGCCGCCACCCAGCUGGCAGCUACACCUCAAGAAAGUGUUCUACAGAUGAUCGGCACUCACAAUCACUCUCAUAAUCACAGCCACGAGCGGCUGAAGGACUUGACUUCUCGCUUGUUAAAUGGCGAUCAGGACAAAAUCCCCAAACUUUGUGCCGCCACAGCUGCACAGUCCCUUCUCAAGGGGGUGGAGCCUGUGCCUCAGCACGCCAGCCCUCCGAGGAAGUCUAGUGCCUCUCCUGAACUCACUUUUAAAAUUACUAAAUGCGUUGUAAAAUCGAGCUGUUACGAAGAAGGUUUUGCAGGGGAGAUGACCGAGGACACGGAUGCACCGCUGAGAAUAUCAAAUGAUGUUCUGGUCUCGCCAACGGCCACGAGCGAUAGGAGAAAGAAGAAGAGGGGGGUUGUGAGGAAGAGAAGCCCACCAAAUCGGAGGCGUCCCAUUUUAGCCUCUACUUUAAGCUCAGAUACAUCUCCUCUACUGCACAGCACCCCAAAGUCACAUGAUCUCACCAGCGAACCAUGUGUUCAUCCAACUGAGUCUAAUGAAGUGGGUGACUGUGAGAUUCCUGCUACUGUAACUCCCACCCUACUCCAGCAGUCAGUGACGGAGUGUGAGCUGAGUAAUGUUGCACAGGUUGUGGAUGAUGUGAAAAUGAAGGAUACAGAUGCACAGCCCCAUGUGCAGUACACAAUGGGAGACAUUAUCUGGACCAAGGUGUCUGGAUACCCAUGGUGGCCAUGCAUGAUCACUACAGACCCAGAGUUUGAUGUGCACUUUAGGUCGAAAGUUGCUAGCCGCACAGGAUUGUUGUAUCAUGUGCAGUACUUUGGAAAUGCCCCAGAGAGAGGAUACGUCUUUGAGAAGAGCAUAGUCACCUUCUCAGGAAAAGACCAGUAUCACUCACUUAGUCGUGGAAACAAACUACAGAGUCAAACUGGUGGAAAUAAGCGCUCAAUUCCUCGCAAGAUCCGGGAGCAGUGGGAGACAGGCAUUUCUCAGGCGACAGAAGCAUUGGGUCUGCAUAUAGAGGAGCGACUGGCCAAAUUCAGUUAUGUGUAUGUAGAGGGCAAAGCUCAGUUUAACCCUCAGAUGCUACAGGAGCUUCAAGCACAACAAAAUCAGGGACCAAAGCAAGACAAGAAUGAGUCUCAGGAGCUUGUCAGCCUCACUCCCCCAGACUCCACACAGUCCAGUCCCAGCUCCUCAAAACCUACCACCGAUCCCCUUUGCCCUCCCACAGAAAGCAGCACUUCAGCAGAUAAAGCCGCCCUGCCCAAAAAAGCACCUAAAACCUCAGUAAAAAGGGAUCGUGGCAAACCGCGCACCACAACGGUGUGGAUAAAGACAGCACCUGCUUCUGAGAAAAACAUCACUAAGUCUACUGUUCAGGAUCCCUCCAAUGCACCAGAGACACUUGAACCCCAGAAGAGAAGAAAGACGAAGGCUAGGAAACAGACGUCCCGGAAAAAAGACAAACUCUGUAUUGACUUGGACCUUCAGUCACAAGCUCCUCAGAGAAAACCAACACUGCUUAAGCAAAAGUUUCCAGCAGCACCGAACUCUGUGAAGAAGAGGAAGGUCAAAGCAGGUGUCAGUAUCUCUGACACUCUAAACACACAGUCUGGUACUACUGCACUUUCAGCAGAUUUGAAGUUAUCAGCACUAAGCCCCAAACUCUUGAAGGAUAAAGAUGAUACGGCUUCUAAAGGAAAGAAGAAAGGCUCUAAACGUGUAAGAGAGUCAAAGGAGGAUGUUGCGCCCCAGCCCAGAAAGAAAAGCAAGCUCGAAAACGAACCAAAUAUAACGAGAGGUCAAAAGACACAAUCAGAUGAGGCUGCUGUCACUACACAAAGGAGGAGAAAACCGAAAUCUGAUGAUCAAAGGAAACGGUCUAAAAAAGCACCAAGGGAGGAAUCUCCUGCCAAGGUCAAACGCGUCAGGAAGCGGAAACAGGAGUCAGGCAGGCAAUCACUUCCUGUCUCAUCUAAAAAGAACCGCCCAUCAUCUCCUCAGUCAGAGGGUUCGGUGUGUGAGCACAGACCUGAUUCUCCCAGUGACAGCAUAGAUGAAUCACAUACCUCAAAAAAAAUAGAGCGCACACCCGGAGCCAAGAAAGAGAGCGUAUGCCUGGUGUGCGAGCAGACAGGUGAGGAUCUGGUGACAUGUGAGGGUCAGUGCUGCGGCUCAUAUCACCUGGAAUGUAUCGGACUGGACAGAUCGGCAGGAAAGGUGCUCUGCAUCACUUGUACCUCAGGUGCACACGUGUGUUUCUCCUGUAAAAAGUCUGAAGGAGAAGUGCGGCGCUGUUGUGUGCUUCACUGCGGCCGGUUCUAUCACGAGGCCUGUGUGCGGUUGAGCGAUCUGACCGUCUUUGAGAACCGCGGCUUUCGCUGCCCCUUACACACGUGCCUCAGCUGCCGCGGAUCUGCAAGAGCCACCAAAGGAAAGAUGAUGCGUUGUUUGCGCUGUCCUGUGGCCUAUCAUGCGGGAGAUCUGUGCGUUGCCGCAGGAAGUGAGAUGCUAUCUUCUACUGCCAUUGUGUGCACAAACCACUUCAGGGCUAAGAAGGGCUAUAGUCACCACUCUCAUGUCAACGUAAGCUGGUGCUUCAUCUGCUCUAAAGGUACCACUUCUACUGUCAUUUUUAAAUUCUUUACAUGCUCUGAGUACUUUUGUCUAAUAAAAACAUGCAUAUGCUUGUGUGUUCAAGGUGGCAGACUGCUGUGCUGCGAGUCUUGUCCGGCUGCAUUUCACCCUGACUGUCUGAAUAUUGCAAUGCCUGACGGCAGCUGGUUCUGUAACGACUGCCGCUUGGGAAAGAAACCCAAGUACAGAGACAUCAUCUGGGUCAAACUGGGGAACUACAGAUGGUGGCCUGCAGAGAUCCGUCACCCCAAGAACAUCCCCACAAACAUCCAGCACCUGCGGCAUGAGAUCGGGGAGUUCCCUGUGUUUUUCUUUGGCUCUAAAGACUUCUUCUGGACCCAUCAGGGCAGAGUGUUCCCUUACAUGGAGGGAGACCGAGGAAGCAAGUAUCAGCAAAAUGGCAUCGGCAAGGUUUUUAAAAAUGCCCUGUUGGAGGCCGAAACUCGUUUUAACGAUCUCAAGAUGGAGAGAGAGGCCAAAGAAGCCCAAGAAAACAACAAGAAGCCUCCUCCAUUUAAAUACAUCAAGGUAAACAAGCCCUGCGGGCGAGUGCAGGUCUACACUGCAGACAUCUCCGAGAUCCCCAAGUGUAACUGUAAGCCAUCGGACGAGCGACCCUGCAGCUUUGAAUCAGAGUGUUUGAACCGCAUGCUGCUGUACGAAUGCCAUCCUCAGGUGUGUCCUGCUGGAGAACGCUGCCAGAAUCAGGACUUCACCAAACGCCUCUACCCCGAAACCAAGAUCAUCCGCACCGCGGGCAAAGGCUGGGGUCUGCUGUCUAUGCGAGACAUUAAGAAAGGCGAGUUUGUGAAUGAAUAUGUGGGUGAACUCAUUGAUGAAGAGGAGUGCAGAGCCAGAAUCAAAUACGCUCAGGAGAAUGACAUCUCACACUUUUAUAUGCUCACGAUUGACAAGGAUCGGAUUAUAGAUGCAGGUCCCAAAGGGAACUACUCUCGUUUCAUGAACCACAGCUGUCAGCCCAACUGUGACACUCAGAAAUGGACUGUUAACGGAGACACACGUGUGGGCCUGUUCGCUGUGUGUGACAUCCCUGCUGGAACUGAACUCACUUUUAAUUAUAAUCUGGACUGUUUGGGGAAUGAAAAAACCGUGUGCCGCUGUGGAGCGCCCAACUGUAGUGGUUUCCUAGGUGACAGACCCAAGAAUGGCCAUACUUCUGAGUCCAAAGCCAAGCCUCAAAAGAAGAAGCCCAAAAGGAGGAGGGCCCGGAAUGAAGGCAAGAAGUCAGAGGAUGAGUGCUUCCGUUGUGGUGAUGGAGGAGAGCUGGUUCUGUGUGAUAAAAAGGGCUGCACCAAAGCCUAUCACCUUUCCUGUCUGGACCGCACCAAGAGACCUUUUGGUCGUUGGGACUGCCCUUGGCACCACUGUGACGUCUGCGGAAAGAACUCUGAUGCUUUCUGCCAGCUGUGUCCUAACUCCUUUUGCAAGGCUCACCAGGAGGGGGCGCUACGAACGCACCCCCUCGCAGGCCAGCUCUGCUGCCAGGAACAUGAAGAUUCUGAUAUCCGGCCCCAGGCAGAGAGCCCCACUGAGAACACCCCCAUCUCUGAACUGACCUCAUCCCCCAAACCUAAGUACAGACGCACAGCCGAGCCGAAAACGACCGGAAGAGCAGAAUCUAAAACCAGCAGCAAACCUGCUCCUAAAAAGAGGGGUCGCAAAAAGGCCACAGAGGUGUAGUGGGAUGUAGAACUAUUGAACCUGUCUUUCCUCCCACUAACUCCGCCCCCUUUCCCUCAGCCACACCACAAAUGAUUCAGUGAUAUGGAUGUCGCCGUGACUGUUCUCCAAAACUGAACGCACUGUACGUGUCUGAUCAGGGAAGUGUUCCUCAGAGCCACCAAAUGCGGUUCUUCUCUCCCUGUUUUUCACUCUCAUGUGUUAGACACAACUGGGUGCAUUUGCAUCGCACACAGAGCCGACAGCUGGAGCACCUUGAAUCCACAGCAUUACAGACGCCAAACUUGAAACAUUUUACAACUUUUUGAAUCUUGGCAUAGAUGUUUGUGUAUUUUUUAAACAGUAGAUAUGUAUAUGGAAAUGUAUAUGAAAGACCAAAAUUAUAAUAAUACUGCAUUUGUUGUUAGUAACAGAUGCCAGGAGUUGCUGUUUUUGUUUGUUUUAUUUUGUUUUAACAAGUGGUAUCUUUAAUAAGACACUAUGAGUAGCCCUUGAAUUACAUUUUUAUAGUCUGUUAACUAUAGAGCAGCACAUUUUUUUUGUAGCUCAGUUCAUUUUUGUAGCUCAUUUUUUUUGAGUUUCCAUAACCAGAAUAUUAGAAUUGUUAAAUGAGCCUGUGAAAUCUACCUAUUCAGAGUUUUAAGAGGAAAUCAUGACAGGUCUUCUUGUGAUACUUGCAAGAAAUAAAGCAUUUUGAAGCAUG